AAUAGAUAAAUAAAAGCAAAGAGCAAAAGAACUUAUGAUAAAAUCACCAUUUGGUACCAGAAGAAAAAUCUUUCAACACUUGAAAUAGCUGCCUAUCCAAAACCCAAAAGAAAAGAGACUUUCUCUCUCUCUCUCUCGUCCUUUCUCUUCAUGUAUUGCUCUUCUGUAUUCACCUUCUUCUCCUCCUCUUCUUCUUCUUCUCUAUAUAUGAGAGACCUUUAGAGAGAGCAAAAAGAGCUUGCCAUGAAGAAUACGAUCAGGUGCUGUAUCUCUUGCAUUCUUCCUUGUGGAGCUCUUGAUGUGAUUCGAAUAGUUCACUCUAAUGGUCGUGUGGAGGAAAUCAGUGGCACAAUCAGAGCCAGCGAGAUCAUGAAAGCUCAUCCAAAACAUGUGCUUAAGAAACCCUCUCCCCACUCCUAUGACGGUGUUGUUUCCAAGAUUGUCAUCGUUCCGCCAGAUGCCGAGCUUCAACGUGGAAAGAUUUAUUUCCUAAUUCCUAUACCUUCAGCGUCCGAUAAGACUCAAUCAAAAUCUUCCUUUAAGAAGAAAAGAAAAGACUCUCAAAAUAUUAACACUACAAGCAACAUGAUCAACAACACUAUUUCCAUGAAGACCACAACGAAUCAUCUUGUUUCUGAUCAGUAUUUGAGUGAAAUACUAUUUGAAAAAAUAUCUACGCAAAAAGAUAGAAGAAGAAGAAGUCGUAUUGGCGUGUGGAGACCUCAUUUAGAGACCAUAUCUGAAUCAUCUAGCGAUGUUUAAUGUCAAAAUCAGCAGGUUUCAAAUCACCAUACUUCUCCUUCCUCUUCUUCAACUUCUUAUGAUUCAUAUAUAGAUUUAAUAUCCAUUAGGGUUCUUAUCUUCUCUCACUUUUUUGGUGUACAUAGAGGCAUAGGAAAAUGAGAAAGAAUAUUAAUGUUAAAACGCUUUCAAUAUUUUGGCUUGGAAAUAAUACGAGCUUAAUGAUGAACUGUUGAAUUAUCAGA